AUGAAAUACUCAGCCGCAUAUCAUCCGAUCACCAAUCAACCCGAUCUGUACGUUGCCGUUCUAGUUCACCUGGACCUCAAGUGUGCUACCACUACUACACAGUACAGUGUCCGCAAACCUACCGGUUAUGGUCGACCAGCAACUUACUCCGACAUUACCAACAAUUAUUUCCAUUACACAUCGAUCAAACUCAGUCGUCAUGCCACAACAAGAUGUAAACAACGUGACAGAUAUGGUUAUUUAUCUGAGACCCCGUUAG